CUACCAACAUCUAAGAAAAAUGUCUUCUAUGUUCGGGUCGGGAGAGAUAUCAACAUCCGAUGAAUAUCUUCACGAAAUCAUUGGUUUCAUAAGAGUGCACAAAGACGGCCACUGUGAAAGAUUAGUUGGAAACACGAAGUUGCCAGCCGGAAUCGAUUCUUCAACCGGAGUCCAAUCAAACGACGUCGUUAUCUCACACGAAACCAACGUGUCCGCAAGAAUUUACAUUCCCAAAACCGCCACCCCAAACCGGAAACUGCCGGUUCUGAUUUGCUUUCACGGCGGUGGUUUCGUAGUCGAAUCCACCACCACUCCACUCUACCACCCUACACUCAACCAUCUGACGGAGAAGUCAAACGUUAUCACGGUUUCUGUUGACUACAGGCUGGGCCCGGAGUAUCCACUUCCAAUCGGGUACACCGACUCUUGGGAAGCGAUCCAGUGGGUCGCUUCCCAUGGUACAGGACAUGAUCCUGACCCGUGGUUGAACAAAUUUGCUAAUCUCCGUAAGGUGUUUUUCGCAGGAGAUAGUGCCGGGGCGAAUAUCGCCCACAAUAUGGCAAUCCGGUUCGGGUCUUACCCGAUAGCUGGAUUAAACCUAGAGGUUGUUAUUCUGCUUCACCCGUAUUUUGGAGGAGUCAACCCGAUUGGAUCCGAACUUGGGAAACAUAAGCAGUUGAAAGCGUAUACGGAUCAGUUUUGGAAUUUGGCGAAUCCGUUAGGGAGGGGGUUGGAUGACCCGAUGUUUAACCCGGAAAAGGACCCGAAUCUUUCGGGUUUAGGGUGCUCCAAGAUCCUUGUAGCUGUUGCGGAGAAAGAUAGUUUUAGAGAUAGGGGUUUGUAUUACAAAGAAUUGAUGGAAAAAAGUGGUUGGCUAGGAAAACUAGAGAUGAUAGAGUCAAAAGAAAAGGAUCAUGUGUUCUUUCUGUUUGAUCAUAUUUCUCAGAAUGCUUGUACUUUGUACAACAGAAUCUGUACCUUCAUCAACCAUCAGUCUCGUGUUUGAAUGUUUGGUUGGGCAAUGCCUUAAUUAAU